AUGGACAGCCGGUCAGCUACGGCAGAGCCAAACCAGUCCUACCAACCAGUCAACCCUUGGGGUCGCAUCAGCAUCCCCUCGACACCGCGGACCCCAGCUGCUUCUACGUCGGCCUCGAGUUCCUUCACCGACGCCACCUCGGCCAGUCCGUACCCCCCAGCAUAUGACCUGCUGCCCCUGCUGGUAUCGCAACACCAGGCGCAGCUGUUGCAGUACAACAAACUCAUCUCUCCCGGCAGAGGAGGCGGCGGCUUGCAGAGCCCACCACUCCCGAGUGCGCUCCCCGUGCCCAACAUACAGGCAGCGCCGCGGUCGAGAUCCUCAUCCAAGGUGUCGAACAAGGAAAGCCACAGCGUCAAGCAGUCUCCUGCACCGCAGAGCUGCAAUGGGACAAGAGGGCCCAAAAGCACAGACAGAUCAGAACGUGAGGGCAUGACAAAGGGGAAGGACACGGACAAGGAAACAACUCGCAAGAUGCCUCCAAAGCAGCAGCCUGAUGUCGCCCACCCCCUACCCUCCCGGCCCCCGCCUCGAGCGACCCCCGCCCAGCAAUCGACGAGCAGCUCCACGCAGUCCAUCUCCGUGCCGUCAACGCCGCGUCAGCGGCCGCGGAAUCUCUUCGAAGGGUCCGAGUCCCGUGAGCCCUCCCCAACCGUCGCGCAAAAUCAUUCUCCCCGAUCGGCAUAUUCGGAACCGAAUGGCGGUGCUGCCUCCAUCCCCCCGCGGCCGUUUCCCAAACCUUGUCAAUACGAGACUGCUUCUAGACACUUCCGGAGGCGCAUACCUUAUAGCAUAGGGUCAGACAGGCUGGAACGGGUCGAUUUGGACAAGGUGAAGAGCACCUUGUCCAGGGAUGAGGAGCGAAAACUAUCCACGGACAUGCGCGAGCUAUACGACAGGUUACUGCCGUCGGCCCAAGUCGAGGAGAAUCGCAAGAAGCUGGUCCAGAAGCUUGAGCAGAUCUUCAACGACGAAUGGCCUGGUCAUGAGAUACGGGUCCACCUGUUUGGCUCUUCGGGAAACCUGCUGUGCUCGGACGACUCUGACGUUGAUAUAUGCAUCACGACGGACUGGAAAGAAAUGGAGGGCGUUUGCAUAAUAGCUGACUUGUUGAAGAAGCGUGGCAUGGAACAAGUGGUUUGCGUUUCGACGGCCAAGGUCCCAAUUGUGAAAAUAUGGGACCCUGAGCUCAAGUUGGCCUGCGACAUGAACGUCAACAACACCCUAGCGCUUGAGAACACCCGGAUGGUUCGUACCUACGUGGAGACUGACGAGCGUGUCCGACCACUCGCAAUGGUCGUCAAGUACUGGACACGGAGGCGAGUCAUCAACGAUGCUGCCUUCAGCGGGACGCUCAGCUCCUACACCUGGAUAUGUCUCAUCAUUGCCUUCCUGCAAGUCCGCCACCCCCCCGUUCUGCCGUCCUUGCACCAGUGCCCCACCAAAAAGCUCCCUACGACCGACGGUCACAGGACCGAAUUCGCAGAUGAUCUGGACCAGCUGAGAGGGUUCGGUGACAAGAACAAGAGCACUCUCGGAGAACUUCUGUUUCAGUUUUUCAGGUUUUAUGCACACGAGUUCGACUACGACGAGAUGGCGAUAUCGGUGCGGCUCGGCAAAUUGGUUUCCAAGAAGGAAAAAAAUUGGCAGGUUGGGAACGGGAACCAGAAUCUCUGCGUCGAAGAACCUUUCAACCGGGAGCGAAACCUAGGAAACACCGCGGACGACUGGUCGUUUCGUGGCAUACACCUCGAGCUUCGGCGCGCCUUUGACCUGGUGGCCGAGGCAAAGCUGGAAGAAUGCUGCGAGCAGUUCGUCCAACCAAAGGAAGAGCCGACGGAGCCCAAAUUGUUCACAAAGCCUACGUCACGCCCGGCCAUCAUUCGCAGCUCAUCCCAGCAGAACUCGGGAAGAGGGGGUCGGAGCGGGGGCAACCGUGGCAACCGUAAUCAAUUCCGCAACGGCAACAGCAGUCGAAGAGCUUCGUCAAGCAAUGCCUACGAUAACACGCAGAACCCUGCCAUAUUCCCUCAGCCCGGCGUCAUGCCGGGCGGACUUAUAGCUCAAGACCUACAGUGGAGCCAAUUUGCGCAGCAUUACCAGUACCCUGAAAAUAUGGCAAUGCUGAGUAGUGCCCUGCAAAUGCAGGAUCGGUUGAACUGGUACACACAUUAUCAGCUCACGGCGCACCAGCAGGCUGUGGCACAUGCCCAACGCAUGCAAGUCAGCUCCAACCAGGCCGGAGAAAGAUCGCGAACGAACUCGUUCGACCAAGCGCCGCCACUGACAGCGCCGCCUAGACCGGAACAUUAUGUGUGGCCCCUUCACCUGCAGCCCGCGUUCUACCACCACCACGCAGGCUAUGGUACCUACCCCAGCUCGCCUUCCGCGCCAGCUGCAGCACCCGAAUUUAGGAGAAGCCUGCAUAGGUCAAGUGCGGCGAGUGAGGUUGGCGGCCCUUCAGGCGGUGGCACACUGAGAUCCCAGUCCCAGCCUGCGUCACGAACACCGGCGCCCGGUGGCAAGGUGGUCCAAGGUUCUGGAACGGCAGCCCAAGUGGUGAACGAAUUAUCGAACCAUGCACCCCGGCAGCCGAACCUGAUUCCUUUCCCAGGACUCGCGGCGGAUGAUAGGACAGAUUCCGAAGUCGAGGAAGGAUCAACCAGAACGAUCCCCGAUUCGCCGCCGGAGGAAGACGGGGCCGGAUAUCUCGGUUACUUUGUCGCCGAUUCCUCAACGCCACCUCGUCCAAUGCAAGCAGUUCCUUCGCUGAAUGAUGUGGGUUUGAGUAGCAUAAACCGUCGCAGGCUAUCAACAGAGGGGCCUCAGUCUGUUCUUGACCGACGGCUGCAGAGGACCUCUAGAUCUCCAUCACCCCUCGGACACGGUAGGACCUUUUCCGGGACGAGCUCAGCCCCGACCGCCUCAGCGUCGUUCUCACAAAACAGCACUCGGGCUUCCAAGGAGACCACGCCGUUAGUUGUCAAUGGCUCAACCUUCAUGCCGCCUUCUGCCAUGACAUCGAGCCGGCUAGUCGCAGGCGAUGAUACUGGAUUCGACAACCCACUUCGAAUCAGCCAGGUUCCAGGUCCUAGCAACAAGAGUACUGCGACUCCCGAAUCAUCUGUGUCUCAACCCGCAACGGUUUCAGAAACGGUUUUGACAGGUCUGGACCGCCCGCUCGUAGUCAACGGCUCCACGCAAUGCCACGCCUUGCCCCCGCACCAGGUUCCACUGCAGUCUUUUGGACAGCGGAUGGCGGCAACGCAGGGACCAAACGGUGCGCCGUAUGCCUCAUUCUUCGGAGACAAGUUUCAGGGCUACACGAAAGUGCCAGAUCUAGGUCGACAGAGGUUAGCGGCACGGAACCAGCAAGCCGGUAUUUCGCCGCUCGACUUGGCUAUUCCAAACCCAAUGAUGCCCGAGUCUCAGCACCUGUCACCGGUUUAUGAGAAUAGAACGCCGUCACCCACGGUCCGGCGACGAUGGGAGGCUUCGGCGAGCCACGGCAGGGCACUAGUGCCUGGCCCAGCCCCGGGCUCUUCCGACGAGUCUGUACGAGACCAAACGACAAAAGCCCUACAAAGGUCCAUCGGGGCUAAUGGUAUUGCAAACGGCGGUGACAACGGCUCCCUGGCCAACACGCGACCAAACGGUGCUGUGCUGCAGGAGAGCGCACCUCUGCGUGCAGCCAAGGGUGAGGUCGAGAACGCGAGCGGUUGGCAGAAGCAGAAGUCCCGCAAGAAGCAAGCAGAGGUCAAGACUACGACGAAGACUGGUCCUCAGAGCGAGAAACCUCCAAAGAACGACCUGGAACGAAAGGGAGGAUGA